UAUUCCGCCUCGUUUAUACAUCGUAAUUUAGUGAAUGGGUUCAAUGGCCAAUGAGAAAAAACGGCAAGCGAUCGAGAGUCUCUUUGCACUGUACGCGGUCAAGCAGGGUGAGCUAACGAAGCAAUACGACUCGAACCGCAAAAAGCGGUGCAAAAUUUUCCUCCAGCGUCUUCGAUACACACUAAAGCGCAAUGGCGAGAGCCACCAAACGGAGUGGAACCAAAUGCUGGAAAAUGUCCUGCUCGAUAGUGUACCGACCCGCAAGUUUUGGAAGCUAACCCGAAACGACAACUGGUUCCGGAGUGUGUUUGAGUGUGAGGACAACACCGAAGUAAUGCUGCAGAACUUCCGGAUGGAUCGGGAAACGUUCGACAUGCUGGUCGAGACGCUGAAACAGGAUAUGGCCCCACACCCGCUGCUUGUGUCGCAGUCGUGCAGCACCGAGAAGAAGGUUGCCGUCGGUCUCUACAAGCUUGCGAUGGGAGGGGAUUAUGCCACGAUCGGGGAGCAUUUCGGUGUGCACAAAGCGACGGUGAAAAACUGUGUCUUUCAAUUCUGCAAAGCCAUGGUGAAGUACUUCAUGGAUUCGGAAAUCUCGUUGCCGCUGGGCGAAGAGAUGGUGGAAAUAGCUCGCAGCUUCGAGGAGAAGUGCGAACUGCCCAUGAUUAUGGGAGUGCUCGGCAAAAUUCACAUUCCUAUCACACCGUCGGCGGCUGAUUCCAAAAACUACAUCAAUCCCAAGAAAUGGCAUUCUCUUAUACUUCAAGGAGUGGUCGACAACAAUUACGUCUUUAGGCAUAUCACCUGCGGGCAUGUAGGCUGCACCGAGGAAGGUUCCGUACUGGGAGACUCUGGCCUUUAUCAGCACUUCAAUAACGUUGAACUGCCCUCACAGGUGAUAAAUGAGAACGUGCUGCAAGCGUACAUCGUCGGAGAACCAUCCUACCCGUUGCUGCCGUGGCUCGUACACGGAUAUAUCAACACACCGCUCUCGCAAGAGGAGGAAACUUUCAACGAGCAUCUUGCGAAGGCUCGCCGAGUCGUGGACGAUUCGUUUAAUCGGUUGCGUGCCCGUUUCAAGAUCCUGCAGAAGAAAAUAGACAUCGACGUCAACUUCGUGCCACAGAUUUUGCUAACGUGCUGCAUACUGCACAAUAUAAUCGAAAAGCGCAAGCUACCCAUGAAGGACGAGUGGCUGGAGGCGGUAAAGCUGAUGGAGCCAAAGUACCCCCAGCCUGACAGCGUCCCCCUGAACAACUACACCACCACACUCGAGGGCGAUGCGGCUCGCGACGUACUGAAAGAUCAUAUUCAGUCCAAGUAUAUGCUCUUCCGAACUUUCGAGUACGGUCAGGUGUACUUUAUUAAUGAGUCCAAUAACUGAAGUGCAGCAAUUAUAUGUUACAAUAGUUUGGCAUUGAGUUAAUUACAUAAUAUCACCAUUCACGAUUAAAUGAAAAUGAGUACCUGCUUUUUUCGAAAAAGUUCGGACUGCGCGUAAUGGUUUGAAAGACAGUUCAAUUCCGGCGUCCGCGGAUCACUCGUCAUAAACGCGCGAAUGUUUCCGUUUAAUUUUCACUUUUUGUACCGCUUGUUUAUAACUUAUGUUUUGGAUUAGAAACGAUCUCCAACUAAGCACAACUAAAAUGUUUUUUGCAAGACACGACCAUCGAUUUUUUCACAAAUUUCGGUCAUCUUUUAUGCUGCCCAGUAGCUGCUUUGUAGUUCGAACAACGAAAUUUGAUUUUUAUCAAUGAAACUGGAAUGUUGAUUAAUAGGUGUUAGAUACGAAAGCUAAACCAAUAAAUGCGGUCCUGCCGAUUACUCUAU